GGAGUUGACAAAGAGGGUCCAUUCGAGCGUCAGCAUCGGGAUGCAGCUCAGCGAUUGCUGACUUUGAAGCCAUCGCCGUUCCGGUCAAACUGGUAACAGGUCAACAUCAGAUUAGUAUUUAAACCCUUGCCCGUUGAGGUGACCAUAACCGCCUAGUCAUCGAAUCAUAUCCUGAUUUUGCCAGGUCGAAGAAGAACAGAGAACUGCGCAGUCCAGGAAUUUCGCAGGUGGGUUGUUGUGCGAGGACUCGAUAGGAAGCCGCCAUGGCUCGUGUGGGUGCCAUCUUGCAGAUCUGUCUCGCAUUGUGCGUCCUUCUCCAAGUUUCUCUUGCUGCGGAGACUCCACCGCCGGCUGUGAAAAUCUCCCUCCCGCCUUUCAACAACAAGUUCGUCUGUAGUAUCGACCCAAAAGUUGCAGCCGACCCCAACAACAUCUGCACCCCUGGAGUGGGGUUCAAUCCUCCAGCACUGAUCUUGUCCUACGACGAUACCGUUAUCUCCGCCCGCUACCAACACAAGACCCCUGUGCAGCUCUGGAAACGAAACUCCAAGUUCGUCGCUUCCUUCAAGGCCUUCUUCACCGUAAACUUCAACAGAGACGCCGAGUUCACCGUGCGGGAGCUCUUCAGCGGGGGCGGGAUUGCGUUCGCCCUCACACCAUCGCUGUCGGUGGCCGGAACUGGGGCGGAGUCCUUCGGAUUGUUCCCCGUCGACUUGAAGACCGGGUCGUCGCUGAACGGAAAAAAUACCAAGACCGUGGCCGUGGAGCUGGACAUCUCUCGCGUCGAAAACGACGGCUUCGACCCCCAGAUUCCCCACAUCGGCCUCGACAUCAACAGCGUGAAGUCGGUGAAGACCAAGUACUUGGGCGACCCCGCCACCGUCAUCGAUAAGAAGAUCGGCGUGUGGAUUGAGUACGACGCAUUGAAGAAGAUCAUCAUGGUGUACACCCACGUAGUGAAGGAUUCUCAGACACCCAAGCUAGCGAACCGGCAGCUCGCCAUCAAGUAUGUGGGCCUCGAUCUGGCGAAGGAGGUGAAGGAGUUCUCGUACGUGGGAUUCUCGUCGAGGGUGCCCGAAACUCCCAACGGCGUCUACAUGCUCUACGACUUCACGUUCCAGACCGCCUGGGUCCAGGGCCAGACUGUCAACAAGUGAGCUGACCUGCGGUGCAUUGUGUCGGCCGAAGAGUGCGAGGUCGGUGGCACCUACAUUUCAAACCACGCGGCUGGUGGACCUCGAAACCUACGCCCCGCUCUGCACAUGGUGUUAUCCGCCGGGUGGUCAUCGUGGUGGUUUUGUUAGGGUUAACGGUCACGAAGUGUUGCUUCUGUUGGGAAACAAUGAAACUGAUAGUAUGGAUAGAGUAUCACAAGCAGUGGCGUAAGUUGGGUGUUUUGAAAGCAUGAUAUUUGUAUGGCAGAAGGAUGUAUUAUAGGCACUUAUCUUGAGUUAAUGAAACAAACAAGAUACAAAUGGGAAUGGGAAAAGGUGAUGCAGCCCCAUGUUGUUGUGUGCACAUCACUCACCUGGAUGUGUCCAAAUUAAGCAAAUCUGAGAUGAGAACAUGGAAAGAUCCAUUUGAAAGUCUUCUCUAAA